AUUAAACAUCAGAACACACCUAUUGUGAAAGCCAAUAAUAGGAACCUCACUUACAGCCUUCUCGCUGCUCUCCUGCUCUCUUUCCUUUGCAGUUUGCUCUUCAUUGGGCAACCUACUCAAGUGAAAUGUCUCUUGCGACAAACUGCUUUUGGGGUCAUCUUCUCUGUAGCUCUUUCUUGUAUAUUGGGGAAAACAAUCAUAGUGGUCCUUGCUUUCAUGGCCACCAAACCCGGAUCCAAAAUGAGAAAAUGGGUGGGGAAAAGGCUGGCUAUCUCUAUUGUCCUAUCUUGCUCCCUGACACAAUUCUGCAUUUGUGUGGUGUGGCUCACAAUUUCUCCUCCCUUUCCAGAUUCUGACAUGCACUCCAUGGCUGAAGAAAUUGUUCUACAAUGCAAUGAAGGUUCAACCACCAUGUUUUAUACAGUGCUUGGCUUUCUGGGGUUCUUGACUGCUGUCAGUUUCACUGUGGCCUUCCUAGCCAGAAAUUUGCCUGACACCUUUAAUGAAGCCAAAUUUAUCACCUUCAGCAUGUUGGUCUUUUGCAGUGUCUGGGUGUCAUUUGUUCCUACCUAUUUGAGUACCAAGGGGAAAUACAUGGUGGCUGUUGAGAUCUUCUCCAUUUUGGCUUCAGCAGCUGGAUUACUGCUCUGCAUAUUUUGCCCCAAAUGCUAUAUCAUUGUUCUGAGACCUAAUCUGAAUAAGAAGGAGCAACUAAUGAAAAAAUGAAACUGAUUUUAACACCAUAUCCCUUGAAUGAAACCUUAUUGGUUGCUUUCAGCAUGUAGGGAUUCUUUUGCCCAAUUUGAGGUUCUGUCUUUUUCCGUCCAUCACCACAUCAACAGGACAUACAAAGCAAUAAUUCAUUUCAGAACCUAGAAUGUUCCAUUAAUCUUUUUUUAAUGUUAGAUAAUCAUUUGGAGACCUAAUUAGAAUAGUAAGCAAUAGCUAAUCAAGAGCAAGAUAAAAUAUGCAUGAAUACAAAAGUGAAUUGAUUUAAAUCCUGCAUCCUAUGAGCUUCACUGUUAAAAUAUUCCUCAGUGAAAGGAAGGCAGGGCAUAAGAAAAACAUUCAGAAUAUCUUUUCAUACCUGGUCCAUAGUUACCAUAUCCUGUGCCUUGCUUAGCUUGAAGGGUGACAUCCAGCUUGAAUUGCAACCAGUGUAAUUAGACAUAAUCCAUGUAGCUCCUGAAGUAGUUCUAUUAUAUAAAUUAAAAGUAUGAGAUUGUUUAGCAA